AUGAUGGCAACGUACAGUUUUGGGAUAUUUUUCGGACUCAUAACUAUACUUGGGACUCUAGUGGUUCAGGUGCAGUGUAAUGAGGAGUCACAGCUGAUCGGUGACUUGUUCAAAAGCUAUAACAAGAAUAUUCGCCCAGUGGUUCAUCCUGAAGACAAGGUCGUCGUUCAGAUCAAGCUUACCCUCACUAACCUUAUCUCCCUGAAUGAAAAGGAGGAGACUCUUACGACCAAUGUGUGGCUCGAGAUUCAAUGGGUUGAUUAUCGCCUUGCCUGGAAUACAUCUCAGUAUUAUGGCAUUAGUGUAAUCCGUGUCCCCUGCAAAACUGUUUGGCUUCCUGAUAUUGUCCUUGAAAACAACAUUGAUGGCAAGUUUGAUGUGGCUUAUUAUGCCAAUGUGUUGAUCAGCAAUGAUGGUUGGAUAUACUGGCUACCUCCUGCCAUCUAUCGCAGCACUUGUGCCAUUGAGAUCACCUAUUUCCCAUUUGAUUAUCAAAACUGCACGCUAGCAUUCAGAUCCCAGACGUACAGUGCCAAUGAAGUGGAACUCAUCUUGGCUGGUGUACAAGAAAACGAGCCUAUUGAAUGGGUGGACAUCGACCCUGAGGCUUUUACAGAGAAUGGCGAGUGGGCCAUCGUCCACCGUCCAGCCAGGAAAAUGAUCAACACAAGAUAUUCUCCAGAUGACCUGGAGUUUCAGGAGAUCCUGUUCAAUCUGGUCAUUCAGAGGAAACCCCUCUUCUACAUCAUCAACAUCAUCCUGCCCUGCUCCCUCAUCUCGUCACUGGUUGUACUGGCCUACUUCCUACCCGCACAAGCUGGGGGACAGAAGUUGACUGUGUCCAUCUCUGUCUUGCUGGCUCAGACUGUCUUCCUCUUCCUUAUUGCUCAGAAGGUCCCUGAGACAUCGCUCUCUGUCCCUCUCAUCGGCAAGUACCUGAUCUUUGUCAUGUCUGUCACUACUCUCAUCGCUACCAAUCAAAUUGUGGUUCUGAACUUCUCCCUGCGCAGCCCCAGCACUCACACCAUGUCUCAUACCAUCAAACACAUGUUCCUGGAGACGGUCCCUCGCCUCUUAGGCAUGUCCCCACUGGUGGAUGAUAAUGAGGAGACAACAGAGAUAAAUGGAGUUAGGGAGCGGCGGCGAAGCUCCUUUGGCCUCAUGCAGAGAGCAGAGGAAUAUGUGCUCAAACAACCCCGCAGUGAAAUGAUGUUUGACAAGCAAAGAGAGAGGCAUGGUCUCACGCGAUCGAUUGUGGAUAAUAUAGAUGUCAGCAGCACAGCCAACCUGUAUAAGAGUUUGGCACAAGCUGCACCUGAGAUCAAGCAAUGUGUAGAUGCCUGCAACUUCAUUGCAGAGAGUACAAGACAACAAAAUAACAUUGGAUCUGAAAUUGAAAGCUGGGUACUGAUUGGGAAGAUGAUUGACAAGGUGUGCUUCUGGGCUGCCAUUAGCCUCUUCAUCAUCGGCACAGUGGGGAUCUUCUUAACGGGACACUUCAACCGGGCGCCAGAAUUUCCAUUUCCUGGUCAGAACAAAAAAUAUGUCCCAUCUUAAAACCUUGAAAGAAAAAAAGCCUUUAACUCUGAUGAAACUUUUCCAAGGGUCACUGUACCUCAUGCUGUGUAUAAGACUGAACGGUCUUCUUCAUUGACUCCUGUACUCAGAAUCAGUCUUUAACAACAGAGAUUUCAAACCGAAACUGUCUGUGUCCAUGUGUCUGUGUCAGACUUAUCUUUGUGAAUACUCGUCAGGCAGCUGAGAGUUUUCAUACAAACUUGCAACUUAGUUCUCAGUCCUUCAUCUCAGUCUAAGUUCUUUGUAUGUACACAUUAAGUGGGUGGAUCAGGUCUAUUUAAAGAAAAGUGUUGUUUUAAAUCAUUACCAUUACAAUUGUCAUCACCAUGAUCAUAUAAAACCAUGCAAACUACAAUUAUUAUUUGUCUGUUUUGAACUAUAAACAGUGUGAGUUAAAGUUCAGACUUGAGAUUAUAGUUGAUGGGAAAUACUGACGCUACUUCAAAGCCUUUCUGAGAAAGUUAUUUCUGCCACAGUGAAGAACUUUUCGAAUCAGAAUGAUCACAGCAUCGUUAUGUAUUACAUUGAGCCAUUAAGCUCUGUGUGGAGGAAAAGAAGGUUCAUUAACUGAUAAACUGAUUUUAUUUAUAUGUUGUGUGCUAACAUUGCCCAUCUAUGCACACACUACAAAACAUAUCUGCUGAUAUGUCUGAAUAGGUUUUCUUGCAUGUACUAUGUCUUAUUUGAAGAACCUGUGCAUGUAACUUGAGCCAGCUGACUCUGAAUCAAAGCCUUAUUCUUUCUACUAUGACUUAUUUAUUAGGAUGUCUUGUUAGAGGUAUAUGGCUUGGAGGACUAUUGUCUUGAUAUCAUUGUGCCAUGUUUUUUAAAUAAAUACUUUGUUUUGUGCAUC